AUGUCUAGGGCGAGUCUCUGGCCCUGGCCCUCCACCAACAACUGGCAAGCCUCCAUCUCCGCGGGCACAUACGCAUAUACACGCGCAUAUACAGAGACGCGCUCGGACAGGCGCGAGCAGCAAACGGACGAUAUCAUCAACAUGUCUGUCACAAUCUACACUUUACCCCUCCCUUCCUCCUCUUCCACCUCCACCUCCACCUCCACCUCCAGUCCUGACACCGGCGACGGUAACAACGGGAACGGUAGCGGUGGGAAUGGAGACGACGACGGCGGUCUACAACAGCGCGGAGCAAACUACUUCUUCGGGUUCCUCAUCACGUUCGUCGUGCUCCUCCUUGUGUUUGUAGCGUGUGGGAUUGGCUCGCGGAGGCGGUUGAUGGCGGGGCGCGCGCGUGGUGGUGCUGGUGGUGGGUUUGCUGGUGGUGGUGCGGGGAGUGCGGCGAUGUGGGGGCUGGAUGUUGGAGGUGGGGGUGCGAUUCCAGGGGCGUUUGGCGGUGCGCCUGCCUAUGCACCACCAGGUUCGUGGGGAGCGGGCAGGGGAGGCGCAGGGGGAGAGGGCGAUGUGCGCGGUGCGCCGCCGUGGGUUGCGCUUGGGAGCGAUGGGUACGGUGGGAUUCGGUAUAAGCUCCCGGAGCUGUAUGAGAAGCCGUUCGUGCGGGCGUAUGCGGCCCCGCCCCACGCGGACGCGGAUGCGGAGGAGGUGGGGGUGUGGAGGUAUACGAUGCCGUUAUCCGUGGCACUAUGCCGACGGCCGCCUUCAGCUGCCAAAGAACCUCCAGACAGAGAUAGCGAUAGGGACAGUCACGAUACGAAUACCGCUGACUCUGACUUACCACCAACAACAACAACACUUCUCGAUGGCGAAGUCGAGGGUGGUAAUACAGCGCCUGUGCUAGCCCAAUUGCAAGUUCCAGUCGACCCGCAGGCCCAAGAACAAGGUCCGCUGCCGAUGAGACGUGUAUCGCUGAUGCAGCGCACGAGCCAGAGCCAGAGCCAGGAUCCUGCUGUGCGGCCGCUGGAGAUGCGGGAGGUGCAGACGGAGCGUGGUGCGCUUGACCAUUCAUCAGCGGUAGCGGCAGCACAAGCAGCACAAGUAACACAGGAAGAGGCCGCCACCGAUGCAGCAGCAGCAGCAGCCGGAGCACCUUCCCCGCGCGCGCCGCCGCGCUUUGGCGGGCACUCGCUGUCGUCGUGGUUGCGGCCGCAUCCUACACUUCCCGUCCCCGUCCCAUCUCCCUCCACCUCAUCCCCACCUCAAACCCAAACCCAAAAUUCACACCAAAACCAAAACCAAAACCAAAAUCAAACACACCGCACCCGACGCACACAGCACACCCUAUUCGGGAUCCCCCUUUCCCCGCACCCCCUCCACCUCCAUCACCGCGACCGACACCGCGACCGACAUCGCCAACCGAAUGCAGCAGCUGCGAUGGCAUUAGCUAUGGCUGCUGAGGAGGAGGGGAGGAGGAUGGCGGGGCCGCCGGAGGCGCUGCAUGUUGCUGUUGUGAUUGCGAUGCCGGAUGUGCGGAGGUCUGUUUAUUAUUGUUCGGCGCCGUCGUCGUCGUCUGCAUCGGCGGCGGCAGCGGCGGCGGAGGAGGCAUUGCGUGCUUCGGAGGAGGGUGGGUCUGAGACGAGCUCGAGCUCGAGCUCGGGGAGUUCAGGUGGGAUGCCGAUGACUCCCGUUGGUGUGGAUCUGGGAGUUGGUGUUCCUGUACCAGUGGAAGUAGGGAUUGAACGUGUGCCGGAAGCUGCGUUCGUCAUUGGCGACGCUGAAGUUGAAGAUGGAGAUGAGAAGGAGAAGGAGAAGGAGGCGGGAGCGGUUACGAUGAUUGAGUAUGCUGAUGUUGAUGUUAACGGUGAUGUGGCGGCUGCGGCUGCGGCAGCUGUUCGACGGCGGCGGGAGCAAGAGGUACUUCUCCAGCAGCAGCAGAGAGAGAGGGAGAGGGAGGCUAGGAUACCGGAGUAUCAGAUUGGAGUCGCGACUGUGCCGUGGCGGACGGAGGUGUUCGUUCGUACUUGA